AUGGAGGGCCUCCCAAUCUGUCCAGUGGCUAACUACUACCAACGGAUCUUCCUGCCAGUGUCCUACAGCCUGGUGUUUCUGCUGGGCCUGAGUUUAAACGGCGCCCUGCUGUGGUGCGUGUGUUGUCGGACGCGCCGCUGGAGCAGCACGGUCAUCUACAUGACCAACCUCGCCGUGGCGGAUCUCCUCUACGUGCUGGCCUUGCCUCCUCUCAUCAUCAGCAGUGCCAUGGGCGAGCUGUGGCCCUUCGGCAACAUCCUCUGCAAAAGCGUCCGAUUUUUCUUCUUCGUCAACCUCCACUGCAGCAUGAUGUUCUCACAUGGCGUCAGCGUGCACCGUUUCCUCGGAGUGUGCUUCCCCAUCGCGGCUGUGCAUCUGCGGACCAAAAAGCGCGCCCUGCUCGCGUCAGGCGCGGUCUGGAUCCUGGCCACGGCGGAGAUUUUACCCACACUGGUCUUUGCGCAGACGGCUGAGAUCAACAAUAUGACUGUGUGCUUUGAAAUGACUAACCCGGACUUGAAAGUGUACUUCCCCUACGGGCUGUUAGCCAUCGUUGGUUUUCUGAUCCCAUUCCUCGUCGUCAUCACCUGCUACUGCUCCACGAUGAGAGCGCUCUGUUGUCGGGCGGCGGACCGCGUUUCGAACGCAAGGGCGGCCCGUAUGCGCAACACGUCUAUCUGCACGCUCUUGGUCGUGUGUCUCAUGUUUGUGGUGUGCUUCGUGCCUUAUCACAUUGCUCGCACCGUCUACUUGUUUGUGAGGGUCUACCUGCCCGGAGACUGUCACCUUGUCAACGGGGCCCUGAUCUCCUUGAAGGUGUGGAAGCCCGUGGUCAGUUUCAACUGCUGCGCAAAUCCUCUCCUCCACUUCCUGGGUUGUGAUCGGCGCCGUCAGAAACUUCGGGCUUGGGUGUGGAGGAGGGCGACGAGAGUGCAGCCCAUCGUGUGUCUGGUAGAUGUAGUCAGCACACACAGGUCUGGAGGGUAG